GCUGGGGCCCCGAGCGGUCGCUGGCCGGCGAAGCGCCACAGUCGCUGGGUUGAGGAGAACGGCGCUCAGCCGGUGAGCACGAGCCUGGGAGAUGGCAGUGAUGGAGGUGGCCUGCCCAGGCUCUCCUGGCUCAGCGGUUGGGCAACAGAAGGAGCUCGCCAAAGCCAAGGAGAAGACACAGUCGCAAGGGAAGAAGCAGAGCUGCAUCUACAAGCUUGAGGCUGUGGAGAAGAGCCCCGUGUUCUGUGGGAAGUGGGAGAUCCUGAACGAUGUGAUUACCAAAGGCACAGCCAAGGAAGGUUCCGAGGGUGGGCCGCCCGCCAUCUCCAUCAUCGCCCAGGCUGAAUGUGAGAAUAGCCAAGAGUUCAGCCCCACCUUUUCAGAGCGCAUUUUCAUCGCAGGGUCCCAACAGUACAGCCAGUCUGAGAGUCUUGAUCAAGUCCCCAACAAUGUGGCCCACGCAACUGAAGGCAAAAUGGCCCGUGUGUGCCAGAAGGGAAAGCGUCACAGCAAAGCCCGGAAAAAACGUAAGAAGAGGAGGUCGAAGUCACAGGCCCAGGCAGGAGUGGCCUUAGCCAAGCCCCUGCCCCGAACCCCUGAGCAAGAGAGCUGCACCAUCCCUGUGCAGGAAGAUGAGCCUCCACUUGGCACCCUCUAUGCCAGAAAUGUCUCCCAGUUCACCAAGCCUCUGAAGGAGCCAGACCUCGGCCACCUGUGCUGUAAGAAACAAGGUGACGGCCCGCGGCCAGUGCUGCCGCGACCAGAACUCCACAAACUGAUCAGCCCCUUGCAAUGUCUAAACCACGUGUGGAAACUCCACCACCCCCAGGCCAUAGGCCCCCCACCCCAUUCCACUCACCCUUUCCCCUACAGCAGACUGCCCCAUCCUUUCCCAUUUCACACUCUGGAGCCCUGGAGACCCUACCCGCUGGAAUCCCUCUUCCUGGACAAACUAGCUGGUGUAAGUGGCCAGCAGCCCCUCGCUGGCCCACGCCUAAGCAAACUGGCCUAUGGAGACAGUCAGAAGCCCCUACCCGGCCCACACCUGGAGUCCAGCUACCCAUCUCGAGGUGUCCAAGAGAAGGUUCCUGUGGAAGAGUACCUGGUGCAUGCACUACAAGGCAGUGUGAGCUCAGGCCGGGCCAACAGCCUGGCCAGCCUGGCUAAGACGUGGUCAUCAGGGAGCUCCAAGCCUCAGAGACUCAGCCCUGAAACUGAGGACAACGAGGGUGUCCUGCUUACCGAGAAACUCAAACCAGUGGAUUAUGAGUACCGAGAAGAGGUCCACUGGGUGACACACCAGCCCCGUUUGGGCAGAGGCUCCUUCGGUGAGGUCCACAGAAUGAAGGACAAACAGACAGGCUUCCAGUGUGCUGUCAAAAAGGUACGGCUCGAAGUGUUUCGGGCAGAGGAGCUGAUGGCCUGUGCUGGACUGACCUCGCCCAGAAUUGUCCCUCUCUAUGGAGCCGUGAGAGAAGGGUCUUGGGUCAACAUCUUCAUGGAACUGCUAGAAGGUGGCUCGCUAGGCCAGCUCAUAAAACAGAAGGGCUGUCUGCCAGAGGACCGAGCCCUGUACUACUUGGGCCAGGCCCUGGAGGGGCUAGAAUACCUCCAUAUACGAAGGAUUCUGCAUGGGGAUGUCAAAGCUGACAACGUACUUCUGUCCAGUGAUGGAAGCCGAGCUGCCCUCUGCGACUUUGGCCAUGCCUUGUGCCUACAACCUGACGGCCUAGGAAAAGCCUUGCUCACGGGGGACUACAUUCCUGGUACAGAGACCCACAUGGCCCCAGAAGUGGUGAUGGGCAAGCCCUGCGAUGCCAAGGUGGACAUCUGGAGCAGCUGUUGCAUGAUGCUCCACAUGCUCAAUGGCUGCCACCCCUGGACUCAGUACUUCCGAGGCCCACUCUGUCUCAAGAUUGCCAGCGAGCCUCCCCCUGUGAGGGAGAUCCCUCCUUCCUGCGCGCCCCUCACAGCCCAAGCCAUCCAAGAGGGGCUGAGGAAAGAGCCUGUCCACCGAGCCUCUGCCAUGGAGCUUCGGGGGAAGGUGGGCCAGGCAUUACAGCAAGUGGGAGGUCUGAAAAGCCCUUGGAAAGGAGAAUAUAAAGAACCAAGACCUCCACCUCCAGACCAAGCCACCUGCCACCAGACCCUACACACCCCACCGAGGGAGACCCCACCAUCCAAGGCCAGCAUACCAUCCAAGGCCAGCACACCAUCCAAGGCCAGCACAGACGGGAACUCUGAGCCUCGGCCUCCUCUGCCGCCAGAACCACCAGAACAGAGCGGAGCUCCAGCCCUGAACCUGAGCAAGGAGGAGUCUGGCACCUGGGAACCCUUGCCUCUGUCCUCCCUGGACCCAGCCCCUGCCAAGGGCCCCAGCUUCCCAGACCGGAGGGCAACCUUUCCAGAAUUGGAGCUGCAACAGCUGGAGAUAGAACUCUUUCUCAACAGCCUGUCGCAGCCCUUUUCUCUGGAGGAACAGGAACAGAUUCUCUCUUGCCUCAGCAUCGACAGCCUCUCGCUGUCAGAGGACAGUGAAAAGAACCCAUCAAAGGCCUCUCAGAGCUCACGUGACACCCUGAGUUCCGGCGUGCACUCAUGGAGCAGCCAGGCAGAGGCAAGAAGUUCCAGCUGCAACAUGGUGCUGGCCCGGGGGCGGCCCACGGACACCCCGAGCUACUUCAAUGGUAUGGUCCACUUAUCCCCUCUUGCCAGCCCACUCCUGCCAAAGACCUAGGAGGGGUGGAGAGAGUUCAUUGGCUUCUCCCCAUUACAGAGGGGACUGGGAGGAAGGUGUCUGCCACCCAGAACCUCACAUCUUUGCCCAGAAAAUCGGAUUUAGACCAAAAACCCACAAAACUUUCCAGAUAAUGAGGGAGAGCCACGUUCCCCCACUGGCUACCAGUAGAGGUGUGGAAGGCCGACAGUAUGGGGAGGACAUGGCCACUCCUGGGCCAGGGCCAGAAGCUGAGGAGCUAACGGCCUGCUGAUGGGGAAGGAAGGAAAACACCCAAGAGGUCAGCUAUGAGUUUGUUGGCGUCAUCUCCUGGGAUCUGAAGUUAGGAGAUGAGAAGACACAUAAACGUCCACUUGCAAGCUGGGUUGCACUGUUAAUGUUGGAGGUGGGCUUUAUCACUUCAUAGGUACUGGCCCUCCCCAGGGCCGGUGUGACUCACUGUCAGGCCCCAGAACCAUGGCAAAGCGCUUCAGCUCAGAGCUUCUCACGUGGCCUGCAGUCUAAUUUAAGAAUGUUGAAGAGAAUGGGAGCAUGACAAGCUUGCUUCCUGUCUGGACUAAAAUUGGGAUUGUAUGACUCAAAGGAACCAAUGCUCACAAUUCAUCAGAAAUGACAGUGUGAGGUUAGGGUGGCAUUAUUUAAGUAAAACCUUUACUGAGGCAAGAUGGGUACCUAACUUGUCUGUUACAUGGUUAGAUUUUUCUCUUCUAUAUUAAAAGAAAAGUCUCUGUUGGGUCUUGAAUUUUCUGGAAUUGGCUUGUUAUUUAAAAAAUAAUUUGCC